AUGUCGGGUCUGCCUAAGCGCAUCAUCAAGGAGAGCGAGCGGCUCGUCAAGGAGCCUGUGCAGGGCAUCUCCGCGACCCCUCAUGACGACAACCUGCGGUACUUUGAUGUGACCAUCGACGGCCCGUCGCAGUCCCCCUAUGAAGGCGGCGUCUUCAAGCUCGAGCUGUUCUUGCCCGACGACUACCCAAUGACCCCGCCAAAGGUCCGCUUCUUGACCAAGAUAUACCACCCCAACAUCGACAGACUGGGCCGCAUCUGUCUCGAUGUCCUCAAGAGCAACUGGUCGCCUGCGCUCCAGAUCCGCACCGUUCUCCUCUCUAUUCAGGCUCUCCUCGGCGUCCCAAACCCCGAUGACCCACUCGCCAACGAUGUCGCGCAGGCUUGGAAAGAAAAUCAGGCACAGGCCAUCGCGACUGCCCAGGAGUGGACUCAGCAGUAUGCCAAGGCUUGAGACUACGGCCAUGACCGUACGGUUGCACAGGACUAGCUGGGGUUGACUCUUUUCUUCUGCGGCGUCUCUGGACAUCAUCGUUGGGCAUAGCUUCGGCGGAUGGACUUUAGCAGGACCCCUAUUUGCCCUUAUGGACUUGGACUUUUGCUGCUCUGGAGGCCGGGCGUGGAGCGGACGAGCUGGAUAGCGUGGAGACAUACUCCCAGGUAGAUCUGGGACACGAUAUGAUUUCAUGAUUCCCCACAGAACAGUUCUGGCCUGCUUGACGAAUGAAGACGAAAUAACGAUAUC